AUGGCUUCUUUGGCACACCCACCACCACCUGCCAUGGAUACCCCCGGCAAGAUCUUUGCUCAAGACGAUGAAUUUUGGGACAACUAUUCUCGGGGGCGUCCACAGGUCCCAAAGGCCUUCUGGGACUGCAUAUUCGGCUACCACCAGAGCAAAGGCGGCAAUUUCGGCACCGUUCACGAUGUAGGCGCCGGCAACGGGCUCUACGCCCAGCGACUACACUCUCGCUUCGCCAAUGUCAUAGUGUCGGACAUUGUGGCUGAGAACAUUCGCCUCGCCAGUGAACGUCUCAAGGACCAGGAAGGGUUCAGUUUCCGGACAGCCGCGCUGGACGAAGUCGAGGACAUUGCGGCCAGCAGCGUGGACAUGGUGUUUGCAGCAAACGUGAUGCAUUUCGCAGACCCUCAGUACGACGCCAUGGCAAAAAUUGCACGUCAGCUGCGCCCGGGUGGCACUUUUGUGGCAUCAAUUUUUGGUCCUGCACGCUUUCGGGACCCAAAAAUACAGAAUUUGUGGGAACGAGUCAGCCACCAAGGCGGCAGGGAGCUUCUCAAAGGGUCUGAUGAUCCGGACCAGAUCAUCAAGGUAAUGGCGCGGACUGAAGACACGUACAACGUUGCCCCUCUUGAUGAAGACAUCUUCGUGGACCGAAUACGGCUAUAUGUGAACAUGGAACAUGGUGGCAUCCAAGGCAUGUUGCCCCCAGAACUCGCACACCGAAACAAUGAACCCGACUACGCCGUGGGAGACACCAGGAAAAAUGAAAAAAUGGAUGGAUGGAUAUUCCAAACCGACCUGGCAGGUGUCAAGGAGCACUUUGGGUCGUUUCCUUUCAUAUCGCAGUUUCCCGAUGUUUUCACAGACUUUUACAAGGAGUUGGACGAGUUACUUGCUGACGGGAGACCUGUCGAAGGAUAUUUCCCUGUCUCCAUAAUCCUAGCAACAAAGAAAUAA